AGCAAAGCAACUUGUUGUUUAAAGUGUAAAGUGAAAUUGAAAGAAGUUUGGAAGCAUUUAUUAUAACCAAUCUUUCUUGCACGAUUCAGCAACCUAGUUGAGUGAGAUGGUCCUUUUAUUCCCACUGUGUUUCACAUAUUAUAUUCAGCCAACACCUUUAGCAAAAUAUGCUUCUUGUCUAAUCCCUUUAUUCCUUAUAGUAGUAAUAGGAGAUUGUUUAAAUCUCCAUCUUUCUUCUCAAGUUUCAGCAAUGGGGAAUUGCCUUUCUCUCUCUCCUUCUGCAAAGGUUCUCUCUAUCUCCAAGAAGAACAAGGCUUCUUUGCCCAUUGAUAACAUUUUCAAGCUUCCCUCUCCAUUACCAACUUGGCCACCAGGUAAUGGAUUUGCAAGUGGAGUUAUCAAUUUGGGAGGAUUACAAGUGCGUCAAAUAUCAUCUUUCAACAAAGUUUGGGCGACAAAAGAAGGUGGUCCAGACAACCUUGGAGCAACAUUCUUUGAACCCUCAAAUGUACCACAAGGAUUCUUUAUGCUAGGUUCUUAUAGCCAAGCAAACAACCAGACUUUCUUUGGAAGGGUUCUUGUAGCCAAAGAUGACUCAGGUGGAGCUCUGAAGAAGCCACUGGAUUACACUCUUGUGUGGAGCAGUGAGUCUUCGAAAAUCAAGCAAGAUGGCAAUGGCUAUAUUUGGUUGCCAACACCCCCAGAUGGUUACAAAGCCGUAGGCCAUGUUGUCACGAGCUCGCCUAACAAGCCAUCCCCAGAUCAAAUUAGGUGUGUUAGAUCUGACCUCACUGAUCAAUGUGAGGCCCACACAUGGACUUGGGGUCCAGGUAAGGAUAAGGAUGAAAAUGGUUUCAAUGUUUAUAGUUUGAGGCCCAGCAUUAGAGGGAUCCAAUCCCAAGCUAUGGGAGUUUCUGUGGGUUCAUUUUUAGCCUACACUGGUGGGGUUACUUCUCCUUUGUCUAAUAUAGCUUGCUUGAAGAAUGCCAAAUCCAAUUUGUCUUCUAUGCCUAAUGUAAAGCAAAUUGAGGCAUUACUUCAUACCUACUCUCCAUGGGUAUACUUUCACUCUGAUGAAAUAUAUCUACCUUCCUCAGUUGAUUGGUUUUUUGGGAAUGGGGCACUAUUAUAUAAGAAAGGGGAAGAGUCAAAGCCUGCUCCAAUUGAGCCCACAGGCUCAAAUCUUCCUCAAGGUGGUUCAAAUGAUGGUGCAUAUUGGUUGGACCUUCCAGUUGAUGAAGGGGCUAAAGAAAGAGUCAAGAAAGGAGACUUAGGGAACUCCCAGGUUUAUGUUCACAUAAAGCCCAUGUUGGGUGCUACAUUCACUGACAUAGCUAUAUGGGUCUUUUAUCCAUUUAAUGGGCCUGCAAAGGCUAAGGUUGAAAUGGUCAAUGUCCCAUUGGGGAAGAUAGGUGAACAUGUUGGUGAUUGGGAGCAUGUGACUUUAAGAGUCAGCAAUUUCAAUGGGGAGCUACAAAGGGUCUAUUUCUCUGAACACAGUGGAGGCACUUGGGUGGAUGCACCAGAGCUAGAGUUUCAAAAUGGUAACAAGCCUGUGGCCUAUGCAUCAUUGAAUGGCCAUGCCUUUUAUUCAAAGCCAGGACUUGUUUUGCAAGGGAGUAAGGGAAUAGGAAUAAGAAAUGAUUCUGAAAAGAGCAAUUUGGUCAUGGAUACUGGGUUGAGUUAUUCAGUAGUGUCAGCUGACUAUUUGGGUUCAGCCGUGGUUGAGCCACCUUGGUUGAGCUAUUGUAGAGAAUGGGGUCCAAAACUUAGUUAUGAUCUUGCAGAGGAGAUUAAAAAGGUGGAGAAAUUACUGCCAGGUCCUCUUAAAUCUGCUUUUGACAAAUUUAUCAAGGGCCUACCCAGUGAAGUGUUGGGUGAGGAAGGGCCCACUGGGCCCAAGAUGAAGAACAGUUGGACUGGAGAUGAAGUUUAACGGCUUAGAUUUGUUAUAUUAUUGCUUUUAUAUUCUUGAUGUAACACUAAUAACAUUUUUUUUUUUUUUUUUAUUUUUUUGCUGAAUAACACUAAUAACUUAUUGCUUACACAAUGAAGUUAUGGACUUAUAUUUAUGUGUAAAGAUUGGGAUUGGGAUCUAGAAAAAUGCAUUUGUUACCUCCAA